UCGACAAACUUAUGUACAUGAGGUUGACGUUGAAGAGUUCCUUAGAGGGGCGUGCCUCAACAUUUCAGUGAUCCAAGUCUAUAUGAUGUGUUUAUUCCACGAACACACCUUUGCAUUUGACAACUCUCAGAUUGGGUUUGUUUGUCCCGAGGCAAUGUCAAGCUCUAGAAUCAAGGCCAACCCUCAGGCUGCAUCAAUGUAUUUGAAAGUAGUUUUCAAUGCUGAAAUUGAAAAGGAGAAGAAGGGUGAUCCUAACAUUACCAAGUGGUUUUUGAUCCCAUACCAUCAAGAAAAUCAUUGGAUUUUGUACGUGUUAGACCUACGUAGAGGUUGUGCGUAUAUUUUCGACUCUGCGAUAGGUUCCAACCGAGAAAAUAGUGCAUGGGGAAUCUUGUGUUUGGCAUACCAAGUGUACAAGUUUAAUGAUGGGAUUUGUCCGAAUAGAGCGACUAUGCAGGGGUUGAAAGGCUUCCAUGUAAAGUGUGCUCAACAAGUCGGCGCCCGCGAGUGUGGCUAUUACGUUAUGAAGUUCAUGCAUGAAAUAGUCACGUUACACCAUAACACUGAUGAGCGGUUAGAUAAUGCUUACACUCCAAGAAAUGCGCCUUAUACCGAUGAGGAAAUAGAUGUGGUUCGUGAGCAAUGGGCUAAGUUUUUUACAACCGAGUAUUUAUUUACUUAGGUUGUUUAGACACAAAGAUGGAAGCGUUUAUAUCUUCAUGGAUUUGGUAAAGUUCUUUAAUUUUUCCAUAAUUACAAGUCUGCUGGAUUUGCUAAUUUAUUGCUUUGAAUACUAA